AUGUCGAAGUCCAAGCAAAAACGAGCGAAGCGCCUCCGCCUGCUUGGAAAUUUUAAGGCUAAAGCUGGACAAAAGAGCGAUGCCUCGGGACGGACAAAAAACACAGAGCAGUCAUCUGUGCAAAGCGUCAAGGCCCACAGAAAGCCGGAGGAAAUAAGGAAGCAAAGGCUUCAGGACCUCCAAGAGAAGCAGCGGCUGUCAAGAGAACGAGAGCUGAUGAAGAGGAGGAAUCUGCUCAGCUUUCAGAAUGACAUCCUGCAGCGGCAGAGAGAGUUUGAACUGAGGGAGGCAGAGAUGCAGAGUUUAGAGAAGCACGUCAAUUUUGAAAAUGAGAACUCAAGAAAAGCGUAUUACAGGGAAUUCAAAAAGGUUGUUGAGGCCUCAGAUGUGAUUCUGGAGGUUUUGGACGCACGCGACCCUCUCGGCUGCAGAUGUCCUCAGGUGGAGCAGGCGGUCAUCCAGAGUGGAACCAACAAGAAGAUCAUUUUAGUGCUCAACAAAAUUGAUCUGGUGUCAAAGGAGAUUGUGGAGAAAUGGAUCAAGUAUCUGCGCAACGAGUUUCCUACUGUGGCUUUUAAAGCUUCGACUCAGCAACAGAACAAAAAUUUGAAACGCAGUAACGUCCCGGUGACCCAGGCCACUGCAGAGCUCCUCAGCAGCAGCGCUUGUGUGGGAGCAGAUUGUCUGAUGAAGCUGCUCGGCAACUACUGUCGCAACCUGGACAUAAAGACCGCCAUCACUGUAGGAGUUGUGGGUUUCCCCAAUGUAGGAAAGAGCAGUUUGAUCAACAGUCUGAAACGGGCACGAGCAUGCAACGUAGGAGCCACUCCAGGUGUUACAAAGUGCCUUCAGGAGGUGCAGCUAGACAAACACAUAAAGCUUCUCGACUGCCCCGGCAUCGUUAUGGCAACUUCAACGACCGAUGCAGCCAUGAUCCUUCGUAACUGUGUGAAAAUCGAGCAGCUUGUGGAUCCUCUGCCUCCUGUUGAAGCCAUUCUCCGACGCUGCAAUAAAGCACAGAUCAUGGAGCACUACGGAGUUGCAGAUUUCCACACAGCUCUGGAGUUCCUGGCGUUGCUUGCUCGUCGCCAAGGCAAACUACGUAAAGGAGGAUUACCUGAUACUGACAAAGCAGCAAAGAGUGUCUUAAUGGACUGGACGGGGGGACGGAUCAGCUACUUCACACACCCUCCAGAGACACACACACUGCCCACUCAUGUCAGUGCUGAGAUUGUCACGGAGAUGGGCAAAGCUUUUGACUGGGAUGAGCUGGAGAAGGGAAAUCAGGAGGUUCUUGCAGAGUCAUCGUGUCCUGAUGUCCAAAUGGGAUUUUGCAUGGAAACCACUGGGAUGACACAAGGGGGGCAGAGUGAACCCCCUUGUGGCUUGGAAAUGGAAGGAGGUUUCCUAGAAGAGCCAGAGCUGAAAGAUGAAACUGAGUCUAUGGAGGAUGAGCAGGACCAGGAGUUUGGACCAAUGACAGUGGAGAUAAAGUCUCAGAAGUCCAAGACUAACGCGUCUGCAGAUGUUGCCGCGCCCGUGACUCCAGACUUGAAGGAUAUCCUGAGUGUAGACCCCCUGCAGCAGGGACAGGCUCUCCUGGCAGCCAACAAGAAAAGGAAAAAGCAACAGAAAAGAGCAGAUAAAAUUGCCACCAAGCUCUCGGACACCUUGACGUCUGCGAUGAACUUCACUUUUUCAGACAGCUGAUGAACAUUAAAGACGUACACAGAACUUUUUUGUA